AUGGCGGUGAGGCGGCGGCAGAGGCUUGGGCCGGGCGGCGGGCGAGCGCUGCUGGCCGCGGUGCUGCUGUGCGUGUGGGGCCGGGCGGCGGCCGAGCGGGUCCGCUACGCCAUCCCCGAGGAGCUGGGCAGAGGCUCGCUCGUGGGGCCGCUGGCGCGGGACCUGGGGCUCAGCGCGGACGAGCUGCCGGCGCGCAAGCUGCGGCUGAGCGACGAGAAGCAAUACUUCACGGUGAAUGAGGAGAACGGGAACCUGUACGGGCGACAGAGGCUUGGCCCGGGAGGCGGGCGAGCGCUGCGGGCCGCGGUGCUGCUGUGCGUGUGUGGCCGGGCGGCGGCCGAGCGGGUCCGCUACGCCAUCCCCGAGGAGCUGGGCAGAGGCUCGCUCGUGGGGCCGCUGGCGCGGGACCUGGGGCUCAGCGCGGACGAGCUGCCGGCGCGCAAGCUGCGGCUGAGCGACGAGAAGCAAUACUUCACGGUGAAUGAGGAGAACGGGAACCUGUACGUGAAUGAGAGGCUGGACCGGGAGGAGAUGUGCGGCGAGUCGGCGACCUGCUCCGUCAGCUUCGAGGCGCUGGUGCACAACCCGCUGAACGUCUUCCGCAUCGAGGUGGCCAUCGAGGAUGUGAAUGACAACACACCGCGCUUUCUGCGGAACAAAUUUCUGCUGGAGAUCAACGAACUUACUUCUCCUGGCACCCGGAUUUACUUGGGGAUGGCAGAGGAUCCGGACGUGGGCAGUAAUUCCCUACAAGGCUACGAGCUGGAGGCCAACGGGUAUUUCACGGUGGAUGUGAAAGAGAGCCAGGACGGCAGCAAAUCCGCAGAGCUGGUGCUGCGCCACGCAUUAGACCGAGAGAGCGAGCCAAGCUUGCGUCUGCUGCUGACGGCUGUGGACGGCGGAGAGCCGCCCCGGACUGGCACCGCCCAGCUCUGGAUCAACGUCACCGACGCCAAUGACAACCCACCCGUGUUCGCGCAGGAUCGGUACCGCGUCAGCCUGCGAGAGGACACGCCUCCGGGAUCGAUAGUGCUGAACAUGUCAGCCUCAGACGCCGAUGCCGGCACCAACGCCCACAUCACCUACGGCUUCGGGGACAUGCCGGCCAAGGUGCUUCAGAAGUUCGUGGUGGACGCCCAGAGAGGGACGAUCACGCUGCGAGAGGAGCUGGACUUCGAGGACACGCGCGCGUUCAGCCUGGCUGUGGUGGCGAAGGAUGGAGGGGGUUUGGUGGCGCACUGCAAGGUGGAGGUGGAGGUGCUAGAUGUGAAUGAUAAUCCACCUGAAAUCACUAUUCUUUCGCUCUCGAGCCCGGUGCCCGAGGACGCACCAGUGGGCACCGUGGUGGCCCUGCUGAAUGUGAACGACCCGGGGCCCGAACAGCAGUGCCCUGACGGGAGAGCUGCCCGCCGACCCGGACGCACCGCAGGUCUGUAA